AUAUUACCAAGCAACUGUCAUAGCGAAAGAGAAAACAACAAAAGCGAAUUUCAAGUCUGAUUUCAUUUAAUUAAACUAGCUUUUGUAGUACACAGAAACCAACGUAAUAAUGGAGCCUGUGCAGAUCAAUAGUGGUGAGGAUUAUGUUAAAGUCAAUAUAUCGAAUUCUAAAAACGACAGCAUCGCGCUGGACUUGAAAUUUGCAAARAGCCUUACAAUCGGCCAACUGAAGUGCAAAUUGGAAAUCAUAACAGGCGGCAAUGCGGCCACAAUGCAAUUGGAGUUGUAUAAUGGCGAUCGCUUGGUCACAAGUUUGCAUGAUGACAAYGUCUUAUUGGGUGCGUUGCCCAUAGAAACGGGUAUGCGCAUACAUGUAAUCGACAACUUCAAUUGGAUAGCGGAUGUGGAGAAAUUCGAGCUUACCGAUGAGCAAUACGAAACCAAGCAGGAUACUGUGCGUAAUUUUCUGAAAAAGAAUCGCAUGGGYAAGUACAAUGAGGAAGAGACGCGUCAGAAGGAAGAAAAAYUGCAACGACAACGGCWGCUGGAGCAGGAGCGCGCUGAGUUGUGCACUGUUGGUGCGCGCUGUCAGGUGACAGUGCCUGGCAAUCCAGUGCGUCGUGGUGCCGUCAGAUACAAUGGACCAAUUGAUGGCAAGAAGGGUAUUUUCAUUGGUGUGGAGUAUGAUGAGCCACUUGGCAAGAAUAAUGGAAGCAUUGAUGGCAAGUCCUACUUCUCUUGCGCACCAAACUACGGCGGUUUUGUGCCACCAACGGCAGUAGAAGUUGGCGAUUUCCCACCAGAGUAUACAGGUCUCGAAGAAGAUGAGAUUUAAWACAAGACGAUUUAAAGUAUCCACUACGCAUUUGUGAUUGAUUUUAUUUAAAAACUUAGUAACGUACACAUACAUAAAUAUAUAUUUUAUAAAGCUAGU